AUGGCUAUGACAAGUAUUAAAGUUCGAGACACAAAAGUAAUAUUUGAAAAGAAAAAUAAAGUGAGUGUAAUUGCAGAAUUGGAAACAUCAGAAAUGGCAAAAGAUGUCUUAAAGAAUGGUAAAAAACUGCAUGGCACUCCGAUUUAUAUUGAAAAGGACUUGAGCUUGACUAGACAGGAAAAUAAAUCAGCUUUAUUACAGCUGAAAAGAGAUCUUGAAGCCAACAGAAAGACUCACAAAAUUUAUGUUAAAAAUGACAGUAUAAAUAUAUCAGGAAAAUGGAUGCACUUUGAUAAAAACAAGAAACUAAAGUGCAAAGAUGGUGACGCUGUUGAACAAUUAAAGCAAUUGUAUGAAUACAAUCUUCAUUGGGUGCCUGCAACAAGAACAACAAAUAGAGGUCGAGCCAGUGGAGGAAAAUUGUAUGGUGUACGAAAGCAAUUGCAAUUUUGCGGUACUGUGGUGUUCAAGCACAUUAUGAACUCAACAAUAAUCGAGAUAACCACUAAUAAUCAAAAGUUGUGUUUAAUCCCAGUUUACCUAAAUUGCAAUAACUGGCUAAAUGAUAUCAACAACUUAUGUGAAAUAUUAGUGGAAGCUCAGAACGAAAAUGUCAUGAUAAUAGGUGACUUCAAUGCACGAAUAGGCAAAGAACAAUGUCUGGAAUUCCACCCAAAUAUGCAGUGGGCUGAAUUAUUGGGCCACAGAGUAGCAAUGGAUACAAUUGUAGAUAGAAAUGGCAAACAAUUACUAGAAAUUUGCAAUUCAUUUGGUGUCACCGUGUUAAAUGGCCGCACUAAAGGCGACAGAGAGGGUACAUUUACGUUUAUCAGAGGUGUAGCAAGGUCAACGAUAGAUUAUUGUUUUGUGAAAGGAGUAUGGUUAUUAAUAACUGAAGAGUUUCAAAUACGUGACAUGAUAUACUCGGAUCAUCAGCCACUGGAAAUUAUGGUAAAUCUAGAUGCCUCUAAUUCAAAUGAAAAUAAAAUGCAGUUGCUACCGAAACUGAUAUGGAAAGAUAAAUAUAAAGAUCUGUACCAAGAAAAGCUUGAAGAAUCCCUUAAUGCAUGCGAAGGUAGUACAUUUGCGUCGAAGGAAGGAGAUGACAUUCUUCAAUAUUGUGUAAAACAAGCAGCAAAAUCGUUUCAGGGUAAUUCGGCGGGUAUAAAUAGGAAACAAAAGUGGUAUGAUUUUGAAUAUGAAACUGCAAGAAAGAAAUCAUUUAAAUGGCUACAAACAGUUAAAAAAGGUGGUGAUAUAGCUGAUUUAGAGAAAUACAAAAAUGUAAACAGAGAAUACAAAAAGCUGUGUGAUGAGAAAAGGAAGUCAUAUUUCAAUGAAAUGGCAAUGUCGAUAUCCCAAGCAGCUGAUAAUUACAUAAAAGGAAUUAAAGUGGACGCCGAAGCUUUGGCGGCACAUUUUAAAAACCAGUUAAAUAGCAAUAUAGUAAGCAAGUCUUUCAGUUAUACCCUGCCGUAUGUAAUAAAUGAAGCGUUAGAUGCUCCAAUAAAGAUUGAAGAGGUCUAUGCAGUGCUCCAGAAUUUAAAAAAUAACAAAGCCGCAGGUGAGAACAGAAUUCCAGCUGAGUUUUUAAAAUAUGCCACGCCACAAUUUAUAGAGCAUAUGGCUGAAUCAUACAAUUAUAUAUUUGAAAAUGCAGCCCCACCUGAUAGUUACAAAAAAGCCAUAACAUUUCCCCUAUUUAAAAAAGGUGACCCAAAUAAUGUAGCAAAUUAUAGAGGAAUAGCAUUUCUUAAUACAUCAGCUAAA